CGACUUUGAUGAUGAUGAACCGUUACCGAGUAUCGGCACCUGCAAGUCCCUCUACCCGUUCCAAGGUCAGAACGAAGGAACGCUGUCGAUGGUAGAGGGGGAACUACUUUCUGUGGUGGAAGAGGAUAAAGGAGACGGUUGGACCAGAGUUCGGAGGAACCUGGAGGAGGAGGGAUACGUCCCUACCUCCUACAUCAAAGUCUUCCUAGACGCCAGCGCCAAAGGCUUUGUGCAGAGUAGUCGGCUAGUCUAGCACAGUAAUCCACCAGUGAGGACGUCUCGCCACAGGAAGUGAUGUAACGGAAAGAGCUGUGAGGAAGUCCUGGGCAUGUUCAGCCCCGACACACGUAGCAACACGUUUAUUUAAACUGAAACGGGGGUGCGUUGAACAUCCUGCUGUGUGCGCUCUGCCUUUUAAUUACCACGAGUUUACAGACACGUCUCUGCUGAUUGGCUAUCACCUGGGACACAGCCAAUAAACCAGAGACACGCCCGGCAAACAGAAAAAAACAGAAGUCAAAGCCCGUUGCACACAUUUCACACUGUUGGAGGAAACUUGUCGUUCAACCAGGAAACCAUAGCAACACGGUGCCGCCUGCUUAGAUAUUGAACAUUCCCCUGUAGCAGAUCCAUUGAGUGGGGAAGUCCUGUCCCUUCCUGGGUCCAGCGUGGGACUUUAUGAACGGGGAGAGACAGACAAUCGUUAGAUCCUGUUUGAAUUGAGCCAUGAAUUACACAGAUGAUGUUUGUCAGUUUAAAAAUUGAUUUUUCAGGUGAAUAACGUGUCACUUUAAAGGUAAAAGUGCUUAAUUGUCACAUACAUGUUGCGAAAAUCAUUCUCUGUUUUUAACCCCUCCCUCAAGAGAGAAGUGGGCAGCCAAUUACAGCGCUCGGGGAUCAACUCCAGAUCUGAGCCAGUGUCUUGAUCAUGGACUGGAAAACCUACUACUGAGUGGAGAACUUGUUACUGACUGGAGAACCUGGUACUGACUGGAGAACCUGGUACUGACUGGAGAACCUGGUACUGACUGGAGAAUCUAGUGCUGUUCUCCAAUCAGUACUAGGUACUGUACUAGCUAGUGCUAUGCUAGCGCCAGUAGCUAGGUUACACGUACUAGCUAUUGCUAUUCUAGAGCCAGCUAGCUAGCUCACACGUAGUAGCUAGUGCUAUGCUAGAGCGAGGUGGUUAGCUCACACGUAGUAGCUAGUGCUAUGCUAGAGCUAGGUGGCUAGCUCACACGUAGUAGCUAGUGCUAAUGUAGGUGGCGUACAUUGUGCGAGAAGAGCGAUUUCACACUAAACUAAUUUUAAUGUAAUUCAUGGCUCAACUCUAAUAGGAUGUAAAAAUUAUUCUCUCCCCGUUUACUACCUGACCCAUUUUACUAAAUAUGGAAAGGAUUUCUAUUGGAUAGUUCAACUCUUCAGAUGUCUCAGCCAAUCAGAUGACAGAUCUGCUGUUUAUACAAGAUGGAGGACAGGUGCUAGUGACCGAUGAACCAAUCACAGAUCAGAUAUUAGACUGACCCAUCAACAUUAAUAAACAUUCAUAACUUUAUUCCAUGUUUGAGCUCAAAAUAAUGAAUUUAAACUUGUUCUUAUGAAGAUUUUCUGCAAUUUAGUAGUUCAAAUGUUUUUCGGAUUCACUGACCUCAGAUCAGUUUACUGGUGUUUUAAAUCAAAUAUGAAACUCAAAAUGUAAAAACUUAAAAGUGAAUGUUAAAAUGUGUUUGUUUCAUCCUGACGACUGAAACAAAACUUUAAAGUUUAAAGAGAAAAAUACUGAAGAUGAAUCUGUAAAUAGUAUCUGUAAUACCUGCAUACCUGCUGACAUUAGCCCCGCCCACUGCAUACCUGCUGACACUAAUCCCGCACACUGUGUACCUACUGACAUUAGCCCCACUCCUGCAUACAUUCGGACAUUAGCCCCGCCCCCUACAUACCUGCUGACAUUAGCCCCGCCCCCUGUAUACCUGCUGGCAUUAGUCCCACCCCUGGUAUACCUGCUGACAUUAGCCCCGCCCCCAGAUUAGCCCGAGUGUUUAGCCCUGGCCCCGCCCCCUGCUUUUUAUUGAUUGUGUAAAAUGUGAAACUUUUUUAUUUCAGUAAGAUUUCGAUCAGUUCUUGAAUUUUUUAUUGCGACGUGCGAUUGCUGAUGACGCUCUUUUCAAUUUCCUGUAUGUUGAACUUUUUAAUUAAAGUAUACUCUAAAUCAGA